GCUGGCCAGCGCCGAGCGCCGCGGCGUCCCCGCCUAGUCCCCGCGGCGGCGCGCGGCCGGCCUGGGCGGCGGCGGCCCGAAGAUGCGGAGGCGGCGGCUCGCAGAGACGAUGCUCCGGAGCUGAGGAGACGCGGCACCCGAGCGCCGGCCGGCCGCGUAGCGACGUGGGCCGCAUGGCGCAGCCCUCGGGCCCCGGCGGCGAGGGGCCGCAGCUCGGGGCGGCGGGGGGCCCGCGCGACGCGCUGAGCCUGGAGGAGAUCCUGCGGCUCUACAACCAGCCCAUCAACGAGGAGCAGGCGUGGGCCGUGUGCUUCCAGUGCUGCGGCUCCCUGCGCGCCGCCGCCCGCCGCCAGCCCCACCGCCGCGUGCGCUCGGCCGCGCAGAUCCGCGUCUGGAGAGACGGCGCCGUCACCCUGGCGCCCGCCGCCGGCGAAGAGGGAGAGCCGCCCCCCGCCCCCGGUAAAUUGGGAUAUUCACAUUGUACAGAAACAGAGGUUAUUGAAUCCCUGGGAAUUAUUAUUUAUAAAGCAUUGGACUAUGGCUUGAAGGAAAACGAAGAAAGGGAGCUGAGCCCUCCUUUAGAGCAGCUCAUCGACCAAAUGGCCAAUACUGUGGAGGCUGAUGGAAGUCAUGAUGAGGGCUACGAGGCUGCAGAUGAAGGCCCAGAAGAUGAAGACUCGGACAGGAGAAGCAUCUCAGCCAUUCGGUCCUAUCAAGAUGUCAUGAAGGUAUGUGCUGCUCAUCUCCCAAGUGAGUCGGAGGCACCAAAUCAUUAUCAGGCAGUAUGUCGAGCACUGUUUGCAGAAACCAUGGAACUGCAUACAUUUCUGACCAAAAUUAAGAGUGCAAAGGAGAAUCUUAAGAAGAUUCAAGAAAUGGAAAAGAGUGAUGAAUCUAGCACAGAUCUGGAGGACCUGCAAAAUGCAGACUGGGCACGGUUCUGGGUACAGGUGAUGAGGGAUUUGCGAAAUGGGGUAAAACUUAAGAAAGUCCAACAGCGGCAGUACAACCCUUUGCCCAUUGAAUACCAGCUCACCCCUUACGAGAUGCUCAUGGACGAUAUUCGGUGCAAAAGAUACACCUUGAGAAAAGUGAUGGUAAAUGGUGACAUUCCCCCUCGGUUAAGAAAGAGUGCUCAUGAGAUCAUUCUUGACUUCAUCAGAUCAAGACCCCCUUUAAAUCCAGCUUCAGCCAGAAAACUGAAACCAACCCCACCUCGGCCACGGAGCCUACAUGAAAGAAUAUUGGAAGAAAUUAAAGCAGAAAGAAAGCUUCGACCUGUCUCACCAGAAGAAAUUAGACGAGGCAGGCUAGCAAUGCGGCCACUUAGCAUGUCUCACAGUUUUGACUUGUCAGAUGUCACUACGCCAGAAUCUCCAAAGAAUGUUGGGGAACCAUCUAUGGUGAAUGGAGGUGUGACAUCUCAAACAAAAGAAAACGGGCUGAAUGCUACCCAGCAGGGGCCUGUCCAGAGGAAGAAGCUUCUCAAAGCCCCGACCCUGGCUGAACUGGACAGCUCUGACUCUGAGGAGGAAACCCUGCACAAGUCAACCAGCAGCAGCAGCGCAUCUCCCUCCCUCUAUGAGGAUCCAGUACUCGAGGCCAUGUGCGCCAGGAAGAAGCCUCCAAAAUUCUUGCCCAUCUCAUCAACACCCCAGCCAGAGAGACGGCAACCACCUCAGAGACGCCAUUCCAUUGAGAAGGAAACACCUACCAAUGUGAGGCAGUUUCUGCCGCCAUCCAGGCAGAGCUCACGCUCUCUUGUUCCUAGGAUAACCAGUGUAUGGCCAAGGACGCCUUUCCGACCGCUUUUCUCUACCAUACAAACAGCUUCUCUGCUGAGCUCUCAUCCUUUUGAAGCAGCCAUGUUUGGGGUAGCAGGGGCUAUGUAUUAUCUGUUUGAGAGAGCUUUUACCAGCAGGUGGAAACCCUCAAAGGAGGAAUUCUGCUACCCAGUGGAAUGCCUUGCUCUCACUGUGGAGGAAGUGAUGCACAUUCGUCAAGUCCUGGUGAAAGCAGAGCUGGAGAAGUACCAGCAGUAUAAGGAUGUCUACACUGCCCUGAAGAAAGGAAAGCUCUGCUUCUGUUGCCGAACCCGGAGGUUUUCCUUCUUCACCUGGUCUUAUACCUGUCAGUUCUGUAAGAGGCCCGUGUGCUCGCAGUGUUGCAAAAAGAUGCGGCUGCCCUCCAAGCCAUACUCCACUCUACCUAUUUUCUCCUUGGGACCUUCUGCCUUGCAAAGGGGCGAAAGUUGUUCGAGGCCAGAAAAACCUUUCACGAGUCACCAUCGGCCACUUCGGAGUAUCGCCAGGUUUUCCUCAAAAUCGAAGUCUGUGGACAAAUCAGAUGAAGAACUCCAGUUUCCCAAAGAGUUCAUGGAGGACUGGAGCACAAUGGAGGUGUGUGUAGACUGCAAAAAGUUCAUUUCAGAAAUCAUCAGCUCAAGCCGGCGCAGCCUGGUGUUGGCCAACAAAAGGGCCCGGUUGAAAAGGAAGACACAGUCUUUCUACAUGUCUUCAGCCGGCCCCUCGGAGUACUGCCCUUCAGAAAGGACUAUCAAUGAGAUCUGAGCCCUGUGCCUUCCCAUUGCUUUUGUGUCCAGAGGCAGUCUUAGCGCAGCAGUGCUGCAGGACUCUGUUCGCAGGGGUUUGACUGAACAGGCUCCAUCUGCAGCAGGUCAGGCUUGGGCUGCUCCUUGUGCAUACUCCAGGCUGUGCUCAUAAUCGGUUGAUGGUACGCGGCGACCCAGCCGCUUGCUCAUUUGCACUCAGAAAACUUGAUUUUGUGUAUGUGAAUAGGGAAGCCAGAAACUUCCUUAGUUCAGUUCCUCAAUGUUCUCAGAUAAUUUCCUGACCAAACAAAAAUUUUCUUGUGUGUGAAGUCAGUCUGACAGAGUGUUGACGUUAGCACAGUUCUAAGCCGUAAGUCAUAUUGGCAUUCCACUUGACAGUGUUCCUAUUUCAUGUACAUAAUGGUCUAGAGCCCUGCCACACACCAGCUCCCUGGGGUGGGCCAGGUUGGCCAUGGUCUCACAGCACAAAUCUAGAAGGCCUUGCUGAUAAUUCUCCUUUGGGGCUCUGGCUGCCUUAGUGCAGAGCAUCCAAGUAAGCCGUACACCACAUGGGCGGCCACUUUCUGAGCUUCAGGGUCUGCCCAGGCCCGUGCCUCAGUGUUUCCUGGGCUGCUAACAGGCCUUCAUUCCCUAGUGUGAAUGUAUUAUGGUUUUGAAUAGUUUUAUAAUACAUGUCUAAAAAUUAAAUUUUGUGGAAGUUUGAAGGAAAAGGAAGACUAAAAUUUUGUCAAGUAGCUAAGUGUGUUUUGGUUAACUGUGACAAGUUUGGUUUUCAGCGACAGGCUGUGACAGGCUGUGACAGCAGAGGGUUUCACCAGAAAGAAGCUACAUCUCAUACUUUUCAGCUACAUUUUCCAUAACUUUAUAGUGUGGCCGUCAUGACUAAAUUAACCACAGUUUGGUACCUGAGUCUCAAACUGAAGUUUAUUUUUAUAAAUGAAUUUUAAAAGAAAAAUCCUGGCUGUUUUAAAAUUUUAAGAAAAUUAACCUGCUGCCAUGCAUAAUUUUUGGAUGUUUUUUGCACUAGUUGUCUUGUAAAUGUUACUGAGUUUCUGAUGAAGGGCGAUUAUCAGGUAGUGUGUACCUGAACUUCCUCAGCUCCUGUGACACACACCGUGGGCUGUCCCUCAUUUCCAUAUGCUUAGAAAUAAAUAGUCAAUCAAAUUGCCACUAAUGUUUAAGUCACAUGCACAGUAAUUCCUGAAAGCUAUAAAAAACCACCCUCAUAGUCACCACUAAUGACAAUUCAUUUUAUAAAAGGCAUGACAGUUGCAUUUCAUACCAACAUCAAGAUACAAUAACAUUUCCACAUUAAAUUGACUGACACCUCAGAAAUGCUCCAGCAGUCAUUUCUAGUGCAUUGAAAUUUAUAGUUUAGUAAAUGGCUUUAAAUUACUUAUACUGACGAAAUAAACUUUACCAACUGACUGAAGUAAUGCAUGUUAGUAGUUCCUCUGUGCUGCAUGUAGAAGUGGCCGCGAGAAAACCCUUACGUUCCAGCUGUUUUUAAGACUUUUAAGAACUGUAAACAUUGCGUUGUGUGACUCCCAUUUGUAGUUUUCUCAGAGACCAUCUGAACUUUACCCUGCAGUUAGGUGGGACCGCCCACUGCCAUGGCCCCAGACAUGCAUCCUAAAGUGACCUCCUGGAAGGAAGAAGGAAGAAGGAAUGGCUGCUACCUGUGUAGGUUUAUAAGCAUGUAUGUAGGAUAACACGCUUCUGUAAAAUGGU